GUAGUACAGUACUCCCUCCAGUCUUCAGGGGGGACCAAAACCGAACCCCCGACUUUAAUUCGUUCCUUGCCGAUUCUUCACGGCCUUACAUGGUCAAUGCCAUUGUUUCCUUAUAUUAUCGUGGAGCGUGUUUUCAAAGGAGGCGUUCUCUUAAGCUUCAUCAUCCACCACCCCUACUCCACCCGAGGCCCACGCCUCUAUCUCCCUCACGAUGUCUUCAAGUGUCCAGGAGAUUCAGGAUGAUGCGGCCCUUCUGGCCGCGCUCGGCUACAAACAGGAGCUCAAGCGCCAAUUCUCCUUUUUCUCCAUGGCCGCCAACGCGGUCAUUACCGCCAGUGCUUGGACUGCGAUGAUCGGCUCUAUAAUUACAUCAAUCUAUAAUGGCGGCGCUUCUGGUUUGCUGUAUGCAUGGAUCGUCGAUAACUUCUUCUUCCUCUUUGUCGCUCUUUCCAUGGCUGAGCUGACGUCGGCCAUGCCCACCUCCGCCGGCGUUUAUCACUGGUCUGCAGCUUUGGCCGGGCCGCGGUUCGCCAAGCCUAUCGGCUUUCUGACGGGAUACUUCAACGUCCUGGGAUAUACACUGGGUCUCGCCUCGCUAUACUCGGUCGCCGGUCUGGAAGUCACCGGCCUGUAUCAGCUGUGGCAUCCAGAUUACACUAGUCAGCCAUGGCACGUAUUUGUCGUAUUCGUCGUGCUCACCUGGUCGGCGGCCUUGUUCGUCCAGUUUGGUAACAAGAUCUUGCCCUUGUAUACCAAAGUUGGCCUAUUCGUUAACUUGGGCGUGUGGUUCGUCGUCGUGAUUUGCAUCGCCGCUCUUCCAAAAACGCACUCCACCAACUCAUUCGUCUGGAAGGAAUAUACCAACAUGACCGGCUGGCCCACGGGCGUGAGCUUCAUUCUGGGUCUCGUAGGUCCAGCCUUUGCCAUUGGAACGAUCGACAGCUCCACGCAUAUGGCAGAGGAGGUCCCGAAUCCAUCGAAGAAUAUUCCCAAGACUAUUCUAGUCCAAUGGUUCGGAUCAUUCUCAAUGGGCUUCAUCGUCCUGAUUGCCAUCUUCUACUCGGCGGGCUCUCUGGACGCCAUCUUGAACUCGCAGCCCAAUUACCCCGUCGCCAGCAUCAUGGCCCAGUCGUUCGAUAACACGAACGCAGCCUUUGGAUGUGGCUUGAUUAUCUUCAUUGCCUCUCUGACAGGUCAAGUCGGUUUCCAAAUCGUUGCCGUCAGAUGCAUCUGGGCCUUUGCGCGUGACGGCGCACUCCCGUUCUCCAACUUCUUCUCAAAGAUUGACGAGCGCAGUGUGAUGCCAGCCAGAGCCAACAUCCUGAUCGCCGUCAUCACCACCGCUCUGGGCGCCCUAUAUGUCGCGUCCACGACCGCCUUCAACGCCCUCGUUGCAUCUUACGCAGUCAUGUCCACCACCUCCUUCGGCUUCGCCAUUGGUGUCCACCUCUUUACUGGUCGCAAGCGAGUCGCGCCGGGAUGGUUCCAUCUCGGCGACGGACUUCUCGGCUUCUUCAUUAAUGGCGUUGCCAUUGUCUAUAUCCUGGUUUCCAACGUGUUCUUCUGCCUGCCGUAUAACCGGCCGCCGGUAACCGCUAAGUCGAUGAACUAUACUUCGCUGGUCUCCUAUGGAAUGGCCAUUUUGGUCGUUAUCUGGUGGUUCAUUGGUGGCAAGAGGUCGUACAAAGGGCCCAAGUUGUCCGGUGAGACCCAGGAAGCUCUUGAGGGAUUGGGAAGGGCUCCAACGGUGCAUGGAGAGCAACAUGUUGAAAGAGGUUCCGUGCAGUUGACGGCAAAGGAGAAAUCCUGAUGUCCCACCGAGGGGGAGUAUGUAUCAAAAUGUAUAAAAAAAAUAGCCCCGUAGCACUUUCGUAUCAUCUAUCUGCGAGAGUGGCAGAAAAUGAUUCAUAUAUAUCUAGGUCAUAAAUCAUUUCAUAUAUCCCGCUAAAGAAUUCCCUCGCUCGCAAAAAUUGUCCCGAAAAAAACAAGGCAAGAAUAAAUGCCUUCAGAAAAGACUCAGAUCAAAACCACGAUCUUCCAGCCAAAUAUCCCAUCUCUCCUUGACAUGACAUUCCCAGUACUCCACCAUUGCCUUCCGGGCACUCUGCACAUUACCCAUCCCGAACGCCUCCAUAUUCGCGAGUCGAUCUUUGAGGAUCUUCCGGUGAGUCGGAUCUUCAGUUUCGCAGCCGACUGUGAAAACGGGCCAAAGACAGAGAAUAUUCGCCAUGGACGUUGGCCUGAUCUUGAGCAGCAGCUCGAUGACCAUGUGAAUCGCAUGAGCUGGUUUGGCAUGCUCUUUUGGCAACCAUUGCACACGACGAUAGAGAUGGAGAAGAUUAGUGUGCAGGAAGAUUCGAUGAAUAUAUCGCAUUUCUUGCGCCGUCAUCUUCAAAGUUGGGUUGGACUCUAGGUCUGGAUGUGUCGUGCGGUCAUAAAGUGCAUAGAUUUGGUUCUCGAUGCGCUGGACAUCUUCCGCCGUAUCCAGACGAGCUUGUUGGUUGGCUGCUUCGUCUUCAGAUUCGUCAUCGUUGAGAGACAUGAUUUUGGAUCGUUUUCGUUGUAUUCGGGCCAACUUUCCGAUCUCUGACAUAAUCGGGAUCAAGUCCAGCGAAUACCCGGUCCACUCAUCAAUGUAGCCGCCCGUGUCGUUGGACGUGGGCAGUGACCAAUAGCUUCCGGCGUUGGCACUCUUCCGAAGCCCGCCGACGCCGGCGAAGAUAUCGAGAAGUGUAAACCAUUUGAUCAGGAAAAGCUUCGUUGGGUCUUGGGUGCUGAUUGAAUCAUCGUUGCUUUGAAGUUCAAAGACGGACGCGACCAGGUUACUGGCCCCCGAUAGGUGGAUUCUCCAGGUAUUCAUCCCCCCAGAUAUAACAUCAGAUGUGCAUAGUGCAAGUGCUGUGGUUAGUGUGCUUAGUUGACCGGCCUGGUUUGGAUCGACCAUGGCCUUGCGUAGCCCGUUCAGGGCCGCGUUGGUAAAUUUUGUGACACUCUUGGACAUUUCUCCCGUUGAAUCUCCUCGAAGGCUGAUGUAGUGAGAGCCGGAGCACGCGAGGAAUGCAUAUAAGAGAUGUGAGGAGUUCAUGGCGGAUUGAAGAAGGGACUCGCUAAGCGGGUUGGCCUUGAGCGAAAGAGGGAAAAUAACGCCCGCCGUAUUGGUGAUAUAGUGAUGUAGAAAGAAUCGACUCUCGGGUGAUGACAUAAUAGGUGAUGCCGUGGUUGAUAUGGUCCGAGGGACCUGCCAUUGAUAUUGAAACACGGGCGGAGGGGGCUGUUUUUGUUGGCCUUGUGUGUUGACGGGUUGCCAAUGAUGCCAGCUCAUCCCAGCGGGAUCUUGUUGAUAUGCAUAGGAAUUGGAUUGAUCUACCCAACUGAAGCUCGCUGUCCGCGGAGUAGCCACCGAGUAAUCCGAGCACGUACUCACGGACAGGGCCAGUGACGCCCGGCGGUCAAUGUCGUCCUCGGCCGAAUUAUCUUGCACUCCAGUGGCACGACCGCUGACUAGCCCUACAUCGCUCUCUCCAGGAGGCUUUGCUGGACGUAUCGUAGGCUCGGACUGCCACUCACGAGCACUCCCCGAGGCGCUCGGUUGUGCAUCUUGGGAUGCUUGUUGCUGUCGAGCCUUGUCUUUCUGGCGAUUUUUAUUCUUGAACGGCCUUCCUUCCGUCCAGCAAAGUUUGAAUUCAUAUUUGCACUUGUCGGGUCGCUUUUCACAGCGAUUACAGAUUGGUUUCGUUUCAUCACACUGAAUUAUUAAUCAGAUUAGCACCAUCAGCACGGAGUUGCGACA